AUAAAAAAUCUCAAAUAGAAGACAGCAGUUGAAAAAUUAUAUAAUAUUUAACUAGUAUCAAAAGAAAGGAUUGAAUAAACAUAAAUAAUAGCAAAGCACACGAGUAGCUGUGAGGUGGGUGACCUUUUGAAAACAGUUUAAGUCUAACAAAUCGUCACGUGAUCUACUAUCAUUUUCAAACUUUGCAGGAGGCGGUGAGAGGAGCGAGAGGUUCACUUUAACAACAGGGGUUUCAUUUGAAAACGCGCUGACUGAUGUGCAAUGACCAAGCCGGACUGAAGAGUUGAAGAAGAUAUUGUGUGAAAUAUAUUCUAUCUGCACCGAUCACGUGUGUACACUUGUGGGUGAGCGAAGCAACGUAAAACUGGCAGAAUCUGAAUGGAGUCUGGUGCCGGUGGCUGCGGCUGCGGCGACAGAAACACAGAUUUACCCUCAACUUUAAAACACGUUGUAGAUUCAAUAAACACUGUUUUUUUAAUAGUUGCGUGUGUAUUCAAAGGGAAACUGAAAAUGUGAGAGGAUCGUUGAAUCUUGCGGGUAAAAUCCUCGGGUAAAACAUGCCUGAAGAGCGAUCCCUGCCUACCGAUGAAAUGCAGAAUAACCAGCAGCCGACACGGGCAGUUUUCCUUGGGAGACGCCUGCAGGGUUUCCAGGGAUCGAGGCUCCACCUUUUCGAGCGGUUCAGUGACCUCAGCAGUGGGCUGGACCGUGAGGGUGGGAUCUCCAGGCUCCCAGAGAGAGAGAGAGAGAGAGAGAGAGAGCGAGAGAGAGAGAGCGAGCUCCAGCCCCGUGUGUUCCUGCCUCUCUCUCUCUCUCUCUCUCUCUGAGGAUCUAUGCGGCUUCAUCGGUAGCACACACGGACUGCUUGUACCUUUCACACCCGCAGAAAAGCCCUUCCACACCGGACCUGGACCUCUUUAUUAUUCUUCCUACACGCGCCUCCAAUCGGAAUAAUUAAUAGAGGAAUGUGGAAAUCACAGAAUGCCCACCAGCGCUGGAAAGAGAUUUAAACCCACCAAAUACAUCCCGGUGUCCACUGCUGCCACACUGCUCGUGGGGUCCACCACUUUAUUUUUCGUUUUCACUUGCCCCUGGUUGACUAAGGUGAUCUCUUCCGCUGUGCCUCUCUACAAUGGCGUUGUCUUCCUCUUCGUUUUGGCCAACUUCAGUAUGGCGACCUUCAUGGACCCUGGAGUUUACCCCAGAGCCGACGAGGACGAGGACAAGGAUGAUGACUUCAGGGCACCGCUCUACAAGAACGUGGAGAUCAAGGGCAUCCAGGUCCGGAUGAAGUGGUGCGCCACCUGUCACUUCUACAGGCCGCCUCGGUGCUCCCACUGCAGCGUCUGUGACAACUGUGUGGAGGACUUUGACCACCACUGUCCCUGGGUGAACAACUGCAUCGGACGGAGAAACUACCGAUACUUCUUCCUCUUCCUGCUCUCUCUCACCAUCCACAUGGUUGGAAUUUUUUCUUUCGGCCUCAUCUUUGUCCUUCACCACAGAGAGAGGCUGGGAACGCUGCACACCACCGUCACUAUGGUGGUGAUGGGUAUAGCGGGGCUUUUCUUCAUUCCAGUUAUGGGGCUCACAGGCUUCCAUAUGGUGCUCGUGGCGCGAGGUCGAACAACCAAUGAACAGGUGACUGGAAAGUUUCGUGGAGGAGUGAAUCCCUUCACCAGGGGUUGCUGUGGCAAUGUGGAGUAUGUCUUAUGUAGUCCGCUGGCACCGAGGUACACGCUGGACCCCAGAAAAAAGCCCCACAUCAAAGUCCAGCCCCCGUUCAUCAGACCAGAUCUCUCAGACCGGCAGGUAACCAUUAUGGUCAGUGACAACGGCAUCCGCAGCACCAUCGUCAGCUCCAAGUCCAAAAGCAGCCUGGACGGCCUGGAUGAAAAAGAAACCCAGCCACCGCUGCCGCCCAAAGCCGACCGGUACAACCAGCUGAAAGGCCAGAUGAUCUCCAGUGAAGAGAGUUCUCUUUCUGGUAAAACCCAUCCGUCCACUCCAGCCAUGUACAGAUACAGGCCGUCCUUCGGCACCAUGCCGAAAGUCCACUACCACGCUGCUGGCGAGAAGAUUGUCAUGCCAGAUGAUCAGAAGACCUCAGCCAUCUUGGAAGAGGGUGUCCGUGGUCACGACUACCGAUCCGAGCCAAACCUCGACCUGCCUGAGUACACCAACACUCCCCUCCACCGCACCUUCCAGUCCUCUCCCCUCCAGCUGGACUCCGACCCCAUCAACUCCCGCUCUCUCAGCCUGAAGCAAGGUCAUCCCCGGCCGCAGAAGGGCCAGCUCCCGGCCCUGCAGCCGCACACGGUCACAUCCACCCCCUACAAGAGUGUCUUCUCACCCAACACACUCUCCAACCGUAACGGCAGUCUGUCCUACGACAGCCUGCUCAACCCCAGCAUCUCCCCAGCCGCUGCUAGUGAAUGCAUGGCCCAUCGUGGUAUGCCCUCCAUGGGGUUCCACUCGCCCUACCUGCCCACCAAAAUGUGCCACAUCCGGGAACCUGAAUUGCAGAGGCAGCAGGUUGCCCCUGCCUACAGUCCAGUAAUGGCACCCAGAAGGGUGGGCAGGCAAUCACCUCACCCAAGGGACAGGGACCCAUCCCCUGUGCGCUAUGAUAACCUCUCCCAGACCAUCAUGGCCUCCAUCCAGGAGCGAAAGGAGACAGAGGAGAGGGAGAAGCGGCAGAUGCUGCAUGGGCGCUCCCAGACUCACAUCUAUGCGCAGGACUCUGUUGUGUUUGAUGGGGGCUAUGGUCUAUCCCACAACGUUUGCUAUCCAGAUGGUCCCCGUGGCCCCAGCUCCAGGGGCCCAACACCCCCAGCCUAUGGAGGCUCCAGGGACAACCUGAUGGGGGUCGGGCUGUUGAGCUAUGGCCAGCGAACCCCUGUGCUGCGCCACGCUGGCUCCACGCUGGGCCGCGCCCCUAGGACUUCCUCCACCUCCCUGCACAAUGAUCACAGUAGCACCAACAGCAGCCAGAGCAGGGCCACUGGCUCUGAGGGCCUCUAUCGCUCCCCGGCUCACCAGCCCCACUCCCCUGCCAUGCCCCGAUCUCCCUCCUACGCUCAUCAGAAAUACAACUUCAUCAGUGCCCAUGAGAGGAGUGACUCCCCUCGUCUGGGGGGCCCAAGAGAGGCCAUGAAAGUUAACGGGCAGAUGGACUGCCACCCCGGUACCCAGGGUGCCAACCUCAGCCCCAGUCGCCACAGUAACGUCAAAAAGGUGACAGGCGUAGGGGGCACCACGUACGAGAUAUCAGUGUGAGCAUGGACCCCACAUCCUCCUCCGACCCAAACAACAGCCACUCUGUCACAAAGAGAUACUCCUUCUCUGUUACUUUUGUGUCUUGCUAACGGCCAGUCAGGGGCACACAGCGCUCUGUGGUUGUGGAGAUAUUGUCCAAUCAGAGGACCUGUCUGCUCUUGUGUAGGUCUGUCUGGCCAAAAUGCCUGUGUGUGUGUGUGUGUGUGUGUGUGAGUACCCGAGGGAUGGAUCAUCAGUGGAUCCUGCUGCAGUCUGUGCUGUAUGUCCAAGGAGUGGUGUCAUUACAUGUUUGUGGCUCGUCACCUUCGUCGUGAGAGUGGACCGUCCAAUGAGGUUGUCAAUGUUAUAACCGUUGUCUCUCAGAUGAAGCAUACGUGCAACAAACAAAUCAAUAAAACACUGACCACCUCAACACGGCCCGCUGUGAGAGGAGACUUCACGUCAACUCACCUCAAGAAGCCAAGGUGCUUCACGUUAACCUGUACUGUUCAAGUCAUCUUCAGCUCAAGCGGUGGCGUUGUGCAGCUUUGAGGACGGAUGAGAUAGAUUAACGAGAGAUUGUGAGAAAGUAUUUUUAGAUCAUGUCUGGUGGCUACGCUCCAAAUUCACUGAGAAAGGUUUCCUUCAGCUGCAACUUCCAUCUUUGUGCAAUUCUCUCAGGAAUGAAUGCAAGCAGCAGAGAGGAUGGAAUAUGAUGUUACGUUCGUGAAUCAUGAAUGUCUUUUUCUUUGUCUCAGUCCAGAGCAGAUAUUGAUCCCUCUUUAGGUGCAGUACAUCAUGGGGGGCUUCUAUUAGUUUCAGUGAGGUUGGUAGGUGAGAUCAACAUGACACUAGGGCCAGGAAGAUGUUCAGUGACGUCCAAACGUCUGAGACCACUUCCCCAAAGCUGUACAAGACGUUUGGAUGCAACUGUAUGUUUUCUUCAUCCAGUUCAGAAUGAGUCCAGCCUUACACAAACAAAGCCGCAUCUUCGCUAUUACAUGUGUUGCGUAAAAAAAUAAAGAAAAUAGUUUAGUAUAAAUGUUUGUGUUAUUAUAACCAUGGGAUUUGGAAGGGUGAAGAAAAACAAGCCAUUGUCCCAUGUGGUAAACUAGAGAUAACUGGUCACCCAUUCAAUAUUUUUUAGUUUUUUUUAAUUGGUUUGUUUCAUUUUUAUAUACCCAACCUUGAAAAAAAAAACAGUUUGAUACAUCUUUUUAUACAGAUACUUAAGCCUGGAAUGGAUGUUUUAUUUUGAGUGGAGUUUUUUGUUGAUAAAUUAUAUAUAUAAUUAUAUAUAUAUACAGUUAAUAAAUGAGAUCAUGAAUAAUGGGUAAAAAUCAAUGAAAUAAAACAAUAUAGAUUGUUAUAACUUGCAGUGUAAAAAGUAUAUAUGAUGAAUUGUAAUAAGCUAUGUGAUGCUGAGGUGUAAAUGAUCUUUGACUCGUAUGUGUUGUGGACAAGUCGAGGAUUGGGCUCUGAGUAAAGGCAGAUCGAGACAUCAGUGCCAAAAGUGGCAAUGAACCACCUCAACUUCUCAAAGACGGCAAACAGGCGACAUCACAACUUUGUGCAGCAGCUGUCUGGUACAGCUUCCAUCCACUCAGAGUUCAAAUGGAACUUGCUCUUUUUUGGCUUCCUGCUGUUAUUCAGUCUCAUCACAUGAUUUCCUUUUGACCAUUAAAAAUGAACUGAUAAGUGGCAGGUUUUUAUUUAUGUUUUGCAUCAACAGAAUAUAUCAACACGUAGAGCAGUAGAUUUAGUCCAGCUAUGUUUGCAUUGAGAAUAAACCAUUGUUGCCUUUUGAGAGGAAAAACUGUUUCAUAAAUCAUGAAAUAUAAGUGGUUGACACACUAUUGUACACGUACAAUGAAUUAUUAGGUUUGUACUUGAGACAACAAAUGGCAGAAGUGACACAAAUCAGACUGAGUACAUUUGAUGUUAGAAAGUUCUGGAAGAACAGCUAAUGUUCAAAGGGAUUCGUGAUCUAGGUUUAAGGAGAAGUCCAGUAUUUUCCAAUUUGGGCUCUUUGUUUUUAAAUUUGGAUGUCCUGGACUGUCCCAGUUGCCCCAUUGCAUUAGAAUGUAGCCACUGCUGCCGUGUCACGACUGCCAGAAGGGAGAUGAUCUACUGGACCCAUUACAAAAGUUUUUACAAGUACCAUUAAUUUACACACCCAUAUUUAUAAACAGGGCCAAGAUUGAGGGGGAAAGCAGAAAACAGAAUUCCCCUAACCCUAAAUUAUUAUUAUUCCCAUUUCUUAUGCUAGGUUUAGUUUCUGCAGACAUCAGUGUUAAGAGCAGUGAGGUGGUAGUCUUGCUUUCUGACGAAGUUGGAUGUUUGAAAACUCGCAAGUCACAACUAUCUGACCUGUGCGGUCUCACCCAGCUGCCUUACCACCAAUACAGUAAUGUGAGAGGACACAUGACACUGUUCAUGUGUUAGAAAGUGGUUUCUGUUCUAAGGCUGUGGUACACAGGGCUAUAACAUGUGACCAAUCUGAUGAGCUUCAAAUAUAACAGCUAACAGCAGCAUCUUGAUAUAUCUGAAUGGACCGUUAGCUGCUGCGUUGCCUGAACAGACCUCCUCACCCCGAUUCCCCUCCCCCCCGCCCAGUUUGACCACAUAUCAAAAUACUGUCGAUGUCAUUCCUCUUUAAGAUGACUGCCAUUAGUCCAAUGUUCUUGUUUUAGGGAUGGACAUCACUGCAGGUCAGGGACCAUUCCUGACAGUCUGCAAUGAAUCUGUUCCAUCAGCCAUGAGCUGAUGUUUUCGGAAACUCAAAUAGAAUUUAAAGAUGUAUUAAAAAUAUAGAAUAUACUAUAAAUGUACAUGCGUUCCUAUUUUUGUGAAGAGGAAAUAUUUCCCAAUGACCUGAGCAAAUUAAAUAAAGUUUUCAUCUCUGACUGAAUAAGAU